CUCUGCCGGCGGCAGCACCGGGCCGCGGUUACCGUGUUCCCCUCGCGGGCCUGCGGGUGGUGUGUGCGGACCGCAGCCUGCCCUCCUCCCCCUGCGCUGGGCGUUAUCUGCCGGACACUCCUUGCGUGGAAAGGGAAGCGAGACCGAGGUGCUGGAGGAUUUGCCGGAGGUGACCCCUCUCCCCGCCUGCGGGUUGUGCCCGGGGGGAGGUUCAUGCCCGAGGAAAGGUUCUGGCCCUCCAGGACAUCAGUGAAAGCCUCUUGUAACCCCAGUGCAUUGGGGAACGGGACAGCGAUGCUCUGAGGGGGACCUGCCGUGAGGACCCCGACACUGGAAGGCAUCCAGGGUGAUCCCAGGGACAGGAUGGAGAGAUCCCGUAACCGCCAUCCGCAGGGAAAACGUCUAUGCUUCCUUCAGAGCCCCCCGAGUUGAACGCUUGAGUAGAGCUGGGAGUAAGACAAGAUUUGAGCGUUUUGUGCACAGUAAGGUGUUUGAAAAUAAAGACGGCGUCAGGCUGGCUCCUGCCACACGGCGUUUGGCUCUUUGAAGCUCCUCUGUGGCACCGUGGCAGCAGUUUGGAGCCUUGACAACUAAAGGUUUUGAUAUGCCGCAGUGUUUGGACUGACUUUGGUGGCUCCUAGGAGUGAUGGGGAACUAGAGCCCAUGACAGUUCAGAGGAGCCCCUGGCACUUUUGAUAUCUCGACAUCUUCACUUAUCCAAAAGGACAGCCAGUCUCAGGGUCAGGCCAGCAGCAGGUGAUAGAAUGCGGAAACCAGGCCCUCAAAAAGCCAUAGACUGGAAAGAUGGUAAAAAGCACAAGUACGGCCGCCCGUCAGAGUCCCCCUCCCAGUACCAAGGUCACUUCACCUGGGAGAAAUACCUGAAAGAAACAUGUGCCAUCCCAGCUCCUGCCCAUUGCUUCAAGCAGUCAUACACUCCGCCUGCAAACGAAUUCAAGAUCAGUAUGAAACUAGAAGCCCAGGACCCGCGGAACACCACGUCCACGUGCAUCGCCACAGUGGUGGGGCUGACGGGCGCGCGCCUGCGCCUGCGCCUCGAUGGCAGUGAUAACAAGAACGACUUCUGGAGGCUGGUGGACUCUGCUGAAAUCCAGCCCAUAGGAAACUGUGAGAAGAAUGGAGGGAUGCUGCAGCCUCCACUGGGCUUUCGGCUGAAUGCCUCCUCUUGGCCCAUGUUCCUUCUGAAGACUCUGAAUGGAGCAGAGAUGGCUCCUGUCCGGAUUUUCCACAAGGAACCACCAUCUCCAUCCCAAAACUUCUUCAAGACAGGUAUGAAGCUGGAGGCAGUGGACAGGAAGAACCCUCACUUCAUCUGCCCGGCCACCAUUGGGGAGGUGAGAGGUUCUGAGGUCCUCAUAACAUUUGAUGGCUGGAGAGGUGCCUUCGAUUACUGGUGCCGAUAUGAUUCCCGGGACAUCUUUCCCGUAGGCUGGUGCUCGCUGACUGGAGAUAAUCUGCAGCCCCCUGGAACAAAAGUUGUGAUUCCAAAGAGCCCUUUACCUGCCUCCGAAGUAAACUCGGAGAAACCUAGCAUGCACAGUAGCACAAAGACUGGUUUGGGGCAUCAACAAGGGCAAAGGCGUCGCAAAACAGGGAAGAAGCGUGGUCGAACGACCAAAGCGCUAAUCCAUCACCCCAUGCCUACACCCUCCAAGUCAGUGGAGCCUUUGAAAUUCCCCAGAAAGAGAGGCCCCAAGCCUGGCAGUAAGAGGAAACCUAGGACAUUGCUGAACCCAGCACCCACCUCUCCAACCACCAGUACCCCAGAACCAGACACAAGCACUGUGCCCCAGGACGCUGCUACAGUCCCCAGCUCUGCCAUGCAGGCUCCCACAGUUUGCAUUUACUUGAACAAGAACGGCAGCACUGGGCCCCACCUAGACAAGAAGAAAGUUCAGCAGCUGCCGGACCAUUUUGGACCUGCUCGAGCUUCUGUUGUCCUGCAGCAAGCAGUACAGGCCUGCAUUGAUUGUGCUUAUCAUCAGAAAACAGUCUUCUCCUUCUUAAAACAAGGCCACGGGGGAGAGGUCAUCUCAGCUGUGUUUGAUCGGGAACAGCACACUCUGAACCUGCCAGCAGUAAACAGUAUCACCUACGUCCUCCGCUUCCUGGAGAAGCUCUGCCACAAUCUUCGCAGUGACAACCUCUUUGGGAACCAGCCUUUCACUCAGAACAGCCACAUGCAGCGCUCACACGAGUACGACCACGACAGGUAUCUACCAGACAGAAGCAGUUCCUUAGACGGCACUCUGCAGGGACCAGGCCGGGGUGCAAAGCGCUAUUCCCAAGAUUCCCCUCCAUACAGUGCUCCUCUCUCCCCCAAGUUACCAAAGAAUGACCGUCACCCUUUGGAAGGUGAAACCUUUGUCCUGGGAGAUGGCCUCCCAGGGCCCUUGGAGCCUCGCCUGGACCCCAUGGACUCUGCCUUGAACUCUGUCAAUUCAUCCAGCCACAGCAGGAGCUCCAGAGACUAUCGCCUGCCAGGAUACAGGCACCUGCACCAACCCUCUAGCCUCAGCCAGGGCAGCUCCUCUGCCUUGCGUAGGCUUAGCUCUGGGGGUUCAGAGCGGUACCUGGGACCAAGAGACGUGUCCCGGCUGAGCGGCCGCGACCCCUCGGCCUGGACGGUGGAGGAGGUGAUGCAGUUCAUCCGGGAGUCGGAUCCUCAGCUGGGACCCCACGCGGACCUCUUCCGAAAACAUGAGAUCGACGGGAAAGCUCUGCUCUUGCUGCGGAGUGACAUGAUGAUGAAGUACAUGGGGCUGAAGCUGGGCCCAGCCCUGAAGCUCACUUAUCACAUCGACAAGCUAAAGCAAGGCAAGUUCUGAGAGGACGCUUGGCAGGAUGGACCCUUGGAAGCUCCGCUCCCGGCCACCCGCACCCGCGCUCGCCUGCCCGCAGGUACCGCAUGCACACACACCCAGCAGCGCCGACGGACACCUCGCUGACAGCCUGGCCCCGCUGCAGGCUCCAGCCCGCCCUGUGCCAGCGGGAGGAGGCUGGAGCACAGCUGGAGCACAGCUGGCCCCAGGGCUUCGCGCCGGACUCGAGGCAUGGGCAUCCCGUUGGAAGCGGAGGGUCUUGUCCUGCUUCCCUGGGACGGAGCCGUGGCGCUGGGCAGAGCCCAUGGGGACGGGGCUGUGGCUCCCGGCCUUGGCUCCCACCCCUCGCAGCAGCGCUGGGGCACCGGACGCGUUGUGCCCUGUGGCACCACGGCAAGCUCAGAGCAGCGACCACCCACAGCCCCAUCUUCCACAUCUGGGAGCCUCUCGCUUCCCUCAGCUCCAUCCUUCCUCCAGGCGGGAACACCAGGCAGGGGUCGAGGCCUUCGUAUUUAUUUGUGACUGGGGCGGCAGUGCUGGGGGCACUGGGUGAGCGGAGGAGCGAGGCUGGGCCUGGUGCACCGCGGCAGGGACGGGGCUGGGGCGGCCGGUGAGGUGCUGCGGCGCUCACCUCCUCCUCCUCCUUCUUUUCUCUUGUUUUUUUUAAGUCCGGAGCUGUCUGUUCCCAGUGCUCAGAUGAUUUUUCUACCCAUAGUUGAACUCGCAGCUCCUGGUGGUUUUUAAAGGUUCGUCUUCCCAGGGGCUCUCCCGAUGGUGUCAGCUCCGUCCCAGCUCAGCGUGUGCGAGAGGCUGUUGGGUCUGGCAGGUCAGAGGAGCCGGGUGCCCCGUCCUUGCGCUGCUCUUCCUGCGAGGGCUUUGCCCUUCCCGCGGGCAGUUGGUUGGUUCUGACAGUCCCAUGUAUUUAUUCUGAUGGCACUUGAGCAGUGGCGCUGCCCCACGCGUGUCCCUGCGCCUGCAGAGGGGUGUCGGAGCGUUCAGCGCCCGGCCGGGGUCGCGCUGGGCUCGGGGGGUGCCCACACACACACGCUUCCUUCUGCAGUGACCAAAGGGCUUCCCACAAGCACUUCCCUCUGCUCCCUGGCUCCAGCUCACCCAUCCAGAGCAGCGUCUCACACUGUUCCCUGCCGAGCCCCAGGGCCCUGGCGGUGAAAACCCCUCCGGAAUCCUGCCCUGGGGCAGAUUUACCCCUAAGGGGCAAAGUUGCAAAAAAAGAAGAAACGAAACAAAACACCCCAAAGUACUAAAACAGCUUUUUUGUUGUACAGCGACGGCUGCGCUGCGGCUCCUGCGGCAGCCUCGGCCCCUGGGGCUCGCCCCGCUGCAGCCGGGGCCCCGCGGGCUCAGCCCGUGCUUUCCUCUGCACUUAUUUUACCUGGAUUUGUUUAUAAAUAAAGGGAUAACAAACA